GGUCCUUAGUUUUUGUAGUUAAACUUUUGUAUUUAUUAUGAAAAGACGUCAAAGAAGACCUAUUCUGGAUAUCGAUGGGGAACAUUCCAAUUCUCCUGGAAGACUUUGGCAAGAUAAAUAUCAGCAAAUUGCUAAUGACCACCCAGACGAAAAUGGAUCUCCAAGCAAUCCACUGACAGGUUUACUGGGGCAAUACAAUUCGGACAGUGAAACAGAGGAUGCGCAACAACCUUCAAACAAAUUAAAUGACAAAGUCAAUGAUUUCUUAAAGGAAAUUCAAUCGAUCGCGCCUGAAAAAUUGGAUGGGCUUUCUAAAGGGCCUAGCAGAAAAAAAGAACAUUCAAAUAUACCAGAAAUGUCUUGGCAAGAAUGUUUCGAUGAAUCCACUGGGUAUCCCUACUAUUGGCAUACCGAGUCUAAUGAAGUAACUUGGGAAAUUCCACCCGAGUUAAGAAUAUGGAAAGAAAGAAGUCAAGUUGGUGUCAAUCCCCAGAAUUUACAUUUAUCACGUUGGCCUGGAGUAUCUUCAAAUGCAUAUCCGAAACCACAGACUGAAAUACCAGAUGGAAUGAUACCAAAGGAAGUUGUAGCUAGAAAUAGGAAUAGACAAGCAGGUAUUUGUCAAACUCCGGUUCAAAUCAGUCAGGAGAAACCGGAACUCGUGAUACCUCCCCACUUAAGAGACGACGAUUCGGAUGAUGGGAAAAUUGAGAUGAUAACUUCGUUUGGAAAUGAAGAAAGCGACGGAAGUGAAUCGGACACAAAUGAAGCUCCCAUCGAAAAUAAAUCUAAAGCACCACAGGAUUGUAAACCUCCUAGUAAACACUCGAGUAAAUCUUCAAGCCGAGAGAAGAAAUCCGAAAUGAGAACGGUCUCGAGGCAGGUUGAAAUGGGUCCUUCUCUUCCCCCUGAGAUGAUCUCAAAAAUGCAGGAAUCGGUUGUAAAAGAUACUGAGGUUACUUCCGAACUUGAGAGUUCCCUUUCCAGCAAAAAUUCUAGCAAAAGUACUACGUGUUCAGCAGAUACUGAACCUGCACCGGUUGAAGAUGAUAUCCUAAGACGGUUGAAAAAUCAGGCUAAGCUUUUACAAUUCCUUGAUGGGAACUUACAAAAAUCUGGAAAACAAUCUCAGAAAUCUAGUCCUAGGGAAGGAUCCCCUAAUGAAAUCGAGCGCAAUGAGAAAACUAAGAAUAGCGAUUCCGAAAAAUGCAAUGAAGAAAAAAUACAAACGUGUAGCACUGAAUUUAAAGUUUCUCUUGUACCUGGUUACGAAGAUGAUUCCGAUAAUGAGGAGGAGGUGACGCAACCGACUGAAGUUAAAGCUUUGUUUCCAAUUUCGCAAUGCCAAGCCGAAAAAUCUACUAGUUACAAUGAAGUAGUUCUCAAGAAAGUAGAGACAAGGCAAACAGAAUCGGGUUGUAUUCGAAUUUUUGAAUAUCAAAGUGCUGAAUCCGCAAAAGCUGAAGUAGCAAGUACCGAAAACCAAGAAUCGAGUAGAGAGCCCGGUAUAACUGAAAGUGUAGAAACUGAGUCUCGGACUUCUCAGUCUGCGCCAGAAGUCGUGAAGCCUAAUAUAUUUUUAGAGAAUAUGGAAACCCCGGCGAAAGCUUUCCAAAGAAAAAAGAGAAUAGCUUUCGAUGUUGUAGUUAACAGACCUAAACUACCAGAAAUACAAGAGUCGAUUAAGGAAGAACCACAAAGCACAAAUACUCACACUGAGGGUGAAAAGUCUGGAUUAGGACUCCAAAAAGAGAAAGAGGACGAAACUUGCGUUGAAGCUAUCGAAGUUAAUCAGGCGGAAACUUCUAUUAAACCUGAGAAAGAAUUGAUUGGUUUCGUGAAAGAAGAAACUACAAGUACUAUUACGAAACCAACAGAAGAAGUGAAAGUUAUACCAGUUGCUGAUAAUAAGGAGUUUAAAUAUUUGACGGAGAUGAUCACGGAGAAGCUGAAGUUCUUGGCUGAAGGGUGUCAAAUGGUCUCUGCUGUUCAAGUCAUGGCUAUUCAACUUCAAACGUUGCUGGAAGCUUGGGAAACUGGUGAUCUGAAACAAACUUACCUCCAUCAAUGGCUGACAUCGACGGGUCGACAAUUGAGUCGCUUAGAACAAACAGCAGCACCAUUAGGAUGGGAAUGUCAGUGGGAUAGGUCGCAUAAACGGUACUAUUAUCGGAAUGUGGCAACCGGUGCAGCUCAGUGGACGUAUCCAGAUGCGGACGUAAUAGGAGGCGCGGAGGAAAUGGAAUUGUGUACGACACCUCCACCAGAACUUGAGGAACCUGUUAUAAUUGAAAGGGAAAUGCAUGAUUCAAAGGAGUCAACACCGGAGGAUGAUGAAAAGAAGCUUUCAAUGGAAGUCGAGGAAGCAACGAGUCGAGGAAUUUCGGAUUCGAGUGAUAUAAAGGUUCCACCGCCACCUCAAAUCUCUAGUCCAAGCCCACCUCCACCUCCACGAAUAUGCGCCGCUGAUUUAAAAAGAGGAAAGAAGCGAAAAGGCAGCCAAGAAAAAGAGUUAGAUAACAAGAAAGAGAAAUCAGAACAGGUUACGAAUUCUAGUUUAGAUCUGGCGAGUGCAAAUCCUCCGUUGCCUACGAUACCUGCAGAAACAGUUCAGCCUCCAUUGCCUCCAUCGCCACCAAAGGCCUCGAAAUCCGGUAACAAUGAACCUCUUCCUCCAGGAGUAGAUGCACCAGAAAUGCCUUAUGCUUUAGCCCCAUCGGUUCUCGAAUCUGGAGUUCUUUAUGCGGCUUCUCCACAUCAGACUAAUCCGAUUUAUGCUGCUACCAUGGGAAAUGCGAUUUUGCAACAUCAUACGGCCCUUAUGCAAGGACAAUUGUUACAUUAUCCUGCAUAUCAUCACUUGCACAAUCAAGCACUCGUAGCAGCAGCAAAUAGAUUAGGACAAGAAGGAGUUCAAUUUAUGAUGGCGGACUACUCUCACAUUUAUAGAACUAGUCAAGUGAUAGCAAAACCUCCCGUGAAAGCGCAAAGAGAAUCUCUGGGAUCUGCGAUAGACUCGUUUUACAAUGAUAUCGCUUCGAUAGAAAGCAGCCAACCACCAGAGGUCGAAACUGAGAUCCAGGAGAGCCAUUUUCCAGAAUCAGUAUCUUCUCCCAACCCCCCUCCACAACCGGAAGUCGACCAAUCUCCUUCAAGUUCUGAAGCGAUUUUGAAGGAUAAGAAGAAGAAAAAGGCGAAACUCGCCCUCGGCAAAAAGCAGAAGGAAAUGUCGAGUAUGGUGGCUAAAUGGCAAAGAGUACAACAGAAUUUUGGAAAUGGAAGCUGAACUUGAGUCGCCUGUAAUUACUAUACAUCGACUAAGUAUAUAAAUAUUAUGUAUUAAAGUACACUAAAAGUUUGUUUUGCUAUAA